CUGAUGGAAAUGUUAGAGACCCCUUGGAAGAUGAACUACGAGGUCAACGGCACUAAUUUAGCAGAAAUUGAAGGUGGAGAGGUGGCAACCACAAACUUACUGUCCUGCAAUGGUCCAGAGUUUGUAAUGCAACUUAGCUUUCACGUAAGGAUAGCAGUGGUUUGAAAGUAUGUUCAGGUAACAUGUGCAUCAUUUGUCACCACAAACACCUGCCAAGUAUUUUUCUCAAAUCCUGUUAUCGUAGUCUAUGCGUUAUAUAGUCUGAGAUCAAUUUUCUCAGGAACAAAAUCCUCCUUCGAGGCACAUGCUCGCCUGAGGUGUGUUUGUUUUCCGGUGGUGCAGAUAAAACUAUAUUUUAUAGUUCUGUUAUGUGUCAUUGAACCUUGAAAUUUCUUUUUGAUGUCGUACUACACUUAUAAGAAAAAGAAGAGUCUGCUCUUGAAACAUUUCGAAGGAUGUUGCAUGCUUUUAAUUGCAGGGUGAAGAGUGUAUUGAGGUGAUGUUGAAAAAGCUAGAGGCAGAUGGGUUUGGAAUUACCGAGAAUUUUGAAACUUUCAGCCAUGUUUCUGUCCGUCGGUUGGGUCGUCUACUUCCAGAUGCUCGUUGGGCGCUACCUCAGGAUGUUGAUGCUGGACAUGAACCUCCAGAGGAGAUUACUGCAGUUGUUCGUCCAGCUUCUUUUACUUCUGCUACUGCAUCCAAAAAUUUGGAUCAGAAAUACAUCAUGAAAGAAAAUUUUGCGAUGACUCCAGAGAUCAAAUUUAAAGAUGAUGAGAAUGUGAAAGAACAACAUAUUUACUCUGGGCAAUUGAAUCCUUCAUCGCUUAAAGGAUUUCAUGGUCUAUAUAUAUCUAUUUCGAUUUUCUCUUGUAAGUUAUAUGAUCUGCAGAUCUCCAUUUUAAUAUAUACGGAAUAAUGUAUUUCACUUGAUUUUCCUUGCGGUUGGAUCUCUUCUUUUCAGAUAGAAAGUUGUCCAAUUUCUGUAAAGGAAGUGCGCGUGAAAGCUUUGUCUGAGCCUACUAGUUGGGAACUUGUAAGUGAUGGGAAGAGUACACAUGGUGUAAGGUGGGGCUCUCAAGUCUAAAGUAACUUCUUAUAUAAGUUGUGCAAAAUGAAAAGAUUUC